CAACCACAACUGCUCCAACAACAACCACAGCUGCAUCGACAUUAACCACAGUGGCAGCGACAACAACCACAGCUGCAGCGAGCACAGCUGCAGCAACAACAACCACAGCUGCCCCAACAACAACAACCACAAGUGAAGCAACAACAACCACAUUGGCCCUAAAAACCACAGCUGCAGCAUCAACAACACACACAGUUGCAGGAACAACAAUCACAACUACAGCAACAAGAACCACAGUAGUCCCGACAACAACCACAGCUGCAACAACAACAACUACAGCCGCAGUUACAACAACCUCAGCUGCUGCAACAACAACCACAGUGGCCCCAACAAUAACCACCGCUGCUCAAAAAACAACCACAGCUGCUCAAACAACAGCCACAGUUGCAGCAACAACCACAGCCAUCCCAGCAAUAUCAACCACAGUUGCCCCAACAAAAACAACCACAGCUGCCACAACAACAAUAACAUCUACUGCAGCAACAACCACAGCCAUACCAACAACAUCAACCACACUGGCCCCAACAACAACCACAGUUGUCCCAGCAAAAACAUCAACAGCUGCCCCAGCAACCACAACCACAGCUUCCCCAGCAACAACCAAAACUGCCCCACCAACAACCACAGCUUCUGCAAAAACAACCACACUGGCCCCACAAACCACAGCUGCCCCAACAACAACAACCACAGCUGCAGCAAUAACAAACACAGCUGCAGCAAGAACAACCACAGUAGUCCCAGCAACAUCAACCACAGCUGUUCUACCAACAACCAGAAAUGCCCCAACAACAACAGCUGCAUCAACCACAACCACAGCUGCCCCAACAAGAACUGCAGGCACAGCGACCACAAUGACAGCUGCUGCAACAAUAUCCACAGUGGCCCCAACAACAACCACAGCUUCCACAACAACAUCCACAACUGCCCCAACAUCAACCAUAGCAGUCCCAACAAGUACCACAGUUGCUGCAACAACAACCACAGGUGCUCCAACAACAACCACAGUGACCCCAAUUACAACCACAGAUGUCCCAACAACAAAAACCACAGCUGACCCAACAACAACCACAACUGUCCCAACAACAACCACAUCUACACCAACGACAACCAUAGAAUCUGCAACAAAAACUACACUGGCCCCAAAAUCAACCACAACUGCUCCAACAACAACCACAGCUGCAUCGACAUUAACCACAGUGGCAGCGACAACAACCACAGCUGCAGCGAGCACAGCUGCAGCAACAACAACCACAGCUGCCCCAACAACAACAACCACAAGUGAAGCAACAACAACCACAUUGGCCCUAAAAACCACAGCUGCAGCAUCAACAACACACACAGUUGCAGGAACAACAAUCACAACCACAGCAACAAGAACCAUAGCAGUCCCGACAACAACCACAGCUGCAACAACAACUACAGCCGCAGUUACAACAACCUCAGCUGCUGCAACAACAACCACAGUGGCCCCAACAAUAACCACCGCUGCUCAAAAAACAACCACAGCUGCUCAAACAACAGCCACAGUUGCAGCAACAACCACAGCCAUACCAACAACAUCAACCACACUGGCCCCAACAACAACCACAGUUGUCCCAGCAAAAACAUCAACAGCUGCCCCAGCAACCACAACCACAGCUGCCCCAGCAACAACCAAAACUGCCCCACCAACAACCACAGCUUCUGCAAAAACAACCACACUGGCCCCACAAACCACAGCUGCCCCAACAACAACAACCACAGCUGCAGCAAUAACAAACACAGCUGCAGCAAGAACAACCACAGUAGUCCCAGCAACAUCAACCACAGCUGUUCUACCAACAACCAGAAAUGCCCCAACAACAACAGCUGCAUCAACCACAACCACAGCUGCCCCAACAAGAACUGCAGGCACAGCGACCACAAUGACAGCUGCUGCAACAAUAUCCACAGUGGCCCCAACAACAACCACAGCUUCCACAACAACAUCCACAGCUGUCCCAGCAACAUUAACCACAGCUGCCCCAACAGCAGCAAGCACAGCUGCAGGAACAACAACCACAACUGCCCCAACAACAACCAUUGCAGUCCCAACAGCAACCACAGGUGCUGCAACAACAACCACAGCUGCUCCAACAACAUCCACAGCUGCACUGACAACAACCACUGGUGACCGAACAACACCUACAGCGGCCCCAACAAAAACCACAGCCGCCCAAAUAAACACAGCUGUUCGAACAUUAACAAGAGCUGCUGCAACAUCAACCACAGUGUCCCCAAAAACAACCACAGAUGCAGCAACAACAACCACAGGUCCCCGAACAACAACUACAACUGCAGCAACAACAACCAGAGCUGCUGCAACAACACCCACAGCUAGCCAAACAAAAACAACUACAACCACAGGAACAACAACCACAGCUGCCCCAACAACAGCAAGAGCUGCAAGAUUAACAACCACAGCUGCAGCAACAGCAACCACAACUGCCCCAACAUCAACCAUAGCAGUCCCAACAAGUACCACAGUUGCUGCAACAACAACCACAGCUGCACCAACAACUACCACAGUUGUCCCACCAACAUUAACCAUAGCUGUUCGAAUAACAACCACAUAUGCCCCCACAAAAACCACAGCUGCAGCAACAACAACCAUAGCUGCCCCAACAACAAUUACAGCCGCAUUGACAACAACCACGUCUGCUGCAAGAACAACCACAGUGGCCCAAACAACAACCACAGCUGCUCAAAAAACAACCACGGCUGCUCAAAUAACAACCACAGCUGCAAGAAUAACUACCACAGCUGUCCCAGCAACAUCAACCACAACUGCCCCAACAACAACCACUGCUGCAGCAACAACAACCACGGGUGCCCCCACAACAACUACAGCCGCAGCUACAACAACCACAGCUGCGACAACAACAAUCUUAGCUGCAGUGGCAACAACUACAGCUGAAGCAACAACAAUCAGAGCUGCUCCAACAACAACAACAGCUGCCCCAACAACAUCCACAGCUGUCCCAACAACAACCACCACAUCUGCUGCAAGAACAACCACAGUGGCCCAAACAACAACCACAGCUGCUCAAAAAACAACCACAACUGCAAGAACAACAACCACAGCUGUCCCAGCAACAUCAACCACAGCUGCUCCAACAACAACCACAACUGCCCCAACAACAACAGCUGCCCCAACAACAUCCACAGCUGUUCCAACAACAACCACUACAACAGCAGCAACAACAACCAGAGCUGCUCCAACAACAACCACAGUUGUCCUAACAACAACCACAGCUGCUACAUUAAUAACCACAGGUAUCCCAACAACAACCAAACCUGCUCUACCAACAACCCCAGAUGUCCCAACAACAACCACAGCUGAUGCAGUAACAACCACAGUGGCCCCAGGAACAACAGCAGCGGCACCAGCAGCAGCAGCAGCAGCAGCAGCGUGUAGUGUCCUUUUAGUCAUAGCAGUUGUUACAGCACUUCUUUGGAAUUAAGAACUCAACAGAAAGAAAGUGACUAAAUACCAGCAACAUUUGACACUUUAUGCACCAUAUAUUUUAUUUAAAGAGACUAUUUAAACUAGACCUAAUUUAUUAUGACUUUAUUUAUCAUAUCUCUACUUUUGGUUGGACUGUUAGUUUGAACUUGCUUUAACUGUGAGUAACAUUAUGGGUUUUCAUACUCAGUACUGAUUGUACAUUUAGUAAAACAGACUUUCUGUGAUACACUAACGAAUUACACUGAAUAACAACUCUAUUCCUCAAAUUAAUGACUAGCUAACAUACAGGUAGUCCUCUCUGCUCUUAACAUCCACACAGAAUCAGUUAUUAGCCAUGUGGUGGCCACAACAUGAACAGCUGUUAUUAGUAAUGUAAUCAAAGAGAUUCAACUAUUGUGAGGCCAUAGUUUGGUGGUUUGGUAAUCAACUGCAUUCCUGCUUUUCGGUCCACUGGAUGAAAACACCACGCAAUGUCCUGCAGUUAUUGUGCAUGUUAAUAUAAAUCUAUUAAAAGUAUUAAAGCAUCAAAUGCAAAGACCCCGUGUAUACUUAUGUUUUUAUUUAUUCUGUAGCAUCGCACUGGUAUUUUAUUUGACUGCUAGUGUCAGGUCAGGCCAUGUUGACUUGGCAUCUAUUGAAUAACAUACACCCCUACAAUGCUCCAGAAAGUAUAGCGCAAUAAACAACAAAUACUAUCUGAAAGAAAAAACUGUUUCCAGUGCUAUAGCGCACAGCUGUGGGAUGUAUGUCUAAGAGAACCACAAACUUUACAAGUUGUAAAGGUAGAUAUGCACCCGUACCAUAAAAACAAAACUUUCUGACCAAUAAAUAAUUUAAAGGAGUUUUGAUAGUUCAUGAGUAAAUACAAAUUCCAAAUUUUAUUAUAAUAUAAAAUAUAUGACAUAUAUACAGUAUAUAUUUUCAUUGUAGCUAUGCUUACAAUUAUUCAAAAUAUCAAAAUAUUAUACCAAAAACACCCACUGCAUGUUCUAGAACAUGUGAGUGACAUCAAGAUAGAAAUA